GGGUUUUGAAAAAAAAGAAGAAGUUACUUUUAGAGACAAAAAAAUACGUAAUAGCAAUUUAUUGAGGGUGGGAGAGAGGACCAUCCUUCACCAGAUCCAAGGAAUUAUAUCGUGCGUAUAUUCUCUGGAAGGGAGAAAGUGAGAAGAUGAGUGGCAAAGGGAAACUUAUCAAUGGCGGCGGCGGCGGAGUUGGGAUUAUACCCGCGGGGUCUCGGAAGAUGGUGGAGAGUUUGAAGGAGGUAGUGAACAACUAUCCAGAUUCUGAGAUCUAUGCUGUUCUCAAAGAGUGUAAUAUGGACCCCAAUGAAGCCGUCAAUAGGCUUCUCUCUCAAGAUCCUUUUCAUGAGGUGAAAAACAAACGGGAGAAGAGAAAAGAGUCUCAGAAUAAGGAUUUUACUGACUCUAGGCCACGUAGUGGUAGUAGUUCACUCCGUGGAGGCAGGGGUGGUGCAGAUCGGUUUGUUGGGCGUGGUUGCUCAGAGUCUACAUUGCAUGCAAAAUAUACUUCUGCUUCUAAGAAGGACAAUGUGCCUAGUACAACAUUAGCUACUGGGUAUGCUGGGAGCAACAUACAUUGGCAACCUACAGCCACCAGUAAUGUCCUUGGUAGUGAAAACAAAAACUCAUUGGCUGUUUCAACUGAUCAUAUUUCAUCAGCCCUACAUCCUUCUACUGGACAUCAAACUUCUUGGGUGAGUGUUCCGGGUCAAGUAUCUAUGGCUGAUAUCGUUAAGAUGGGCAGGCCCCCCACUAAACAAAAUGUCAAUUUUAACCAUGAUCAUGGACAUUCCUACCAUGCGGCACAUCAUUUUUGUAAUGAUCAUGCUUCUAGAAAUUCUGAAAUACACUUGGACUCGGGGGCAUGCUCUAUUCAACAUGAUUCAAAUAAUAGCGACGAGUGGCCCUUAAUUGAGCAGCCACCGGCUUCUAUUUCACAUCAUAACUCAGAGGCUGCUGUAGAACCUCAACCAUAUCCUGUCUCUUCUAAUGUGGGCUUUGAUAGAAGUAACGAACAUUUCCAAGUAGAUGAGAUUCAGGAAAUAGAAGAUCAUGGCUUAAACAUCGGUACCAGACAUAUGCCAUCAUCUGGUCCUAUUCCUGACAGAAUGUCGGAAGACAGUACUGGACUUCAGUCACAGCAAGACAAUGACAGUGACACCUAUGGACACAAUGAUCAUAAUAGUUCUUUAGUGGUGCAGGAAUUUCAAGAUGUAAAUGCUACAGUUUCAUUAGCUGCUGAAAACAUGCAACAACUGACUUUACACAAGGAUCACGCUCCAUCUGAAGAGGAGGGGCCUUCUGUUGUUAUUCCGGACCACCUACAAGUUCAAAUUGCAGAUUGUUCACAUCUGAGUUUUGGUAGUUUCAGGCCUGGAAUGAAUGCCACUCUUUCUGGUCACUCAACAUCUUCUCUGUCUAAAAAUCAUGUGGAGGAGGUGGUCGAAAAUGCAGAAGAUUCAUCAAUGGGGCAAUUGCCGACAAGAAAUUCUGAAUUCUAUGGUGGCGAGAUAAAUGCACAGGAUAGAAAUUUGUUUCAUAGGACUGGGAAUUACAACUCAUCUGCUGAUUCACAACCUGAUUCAUUGAGUGUGGAAACAGGUGAAGUUUCCCAUGCGAAUCAGUACAACAUUCCCUCCUCAGAACCUGGCUAUAAAUACGAGAAAGCUCAACAUUUGACAAGCUCACAGCAGGUCCAGAGCCUAGCUUCUUUCAAUGCAAUGGGAUACACAAAUUCGUUACCAAGCAAUUUGUUGGCAGCUAAUGCUCACGCUUUUAGGGAGUCUGAAAUUUCAUACUCAAUAUUUCCCACACACACAAUGCCCCCAAAGUGUGGCAACUCAGUUUCUUCUGUUGGUGGUCAGUCUCUUUCUAUGCCAGAGGCUAUGAAAACAGUUGGCUCAUCAAUAUCCAUGCCAGAGGGAUUAAAAAAUGUCGGUAUGUCAUCAGCACAUCCACCUAGUCAGCAGAACCCUAAUGGGAGUGGUCUCACAGGACCAGCUUUACCACAACACCUCAAUUUACAUCCAUAUUCGCAACACACGCUUCCUGCAUUGAGUCCCUAUGGCAACAUGAUUGGCUAUCCUCCUUUUCUGCCUCAAGGUUAUACAUACAUGCCCUCUGCUUUCCAACAAGCAUUUGCGGGUAGCAGUGCUUACCAUCAACCGUUGGCUGCAAUGCACCCUCAAUACAAGAGCAGUGGUGUAUCAGUUAGCAGUUUGCCUCCCCAAUCUGGUGGUGGCAUUCCUUCUGGCUAUGGUUCAUUUGGGAAUACAAAUGCAGUUUCCGGUAACUUUGAAAUGAAUACCCCUGCCGGAGCUCCGUCAGUUACUUCCUUGGGCUACGAUGAUUCACCAAUUCCUCAGUACAAGGACAACAAUCUUCUAAUGUCUCUUCAGCAGGGAGAGAACAAUCCUGCUACAUGGCUACAUGGACCUAAUUCAAGAACAAUGUCA